GAGGCAAGGCGAAGGCGUGCGUAAAAAGCGCAUCAGGCUCCAGCCCGGAGGCGCCCUGGAGGGGAUCCGACUGGGAUGGAGAGGGGGCCCCUGUUCCAGGGCUGGAGGCACUCCUGGUCCCUGGGGGUCCCUUGGGGGUCCCUUUCUCUGCCUGCCCUCCUGCUCCUGCUCUUUCUCCCUGGCCAAGGAAGCACCUCUGGAGGCAGAGAAGAGUUGUCCCCGAAAGGAGAGUUUGUCUUUCCUCGCUGGAUUUUGGGAGGACGCAACAGGCGAGAUGCCAUCAUGGCGGAAGAGAUGCCAUCGCCUGCCCGAGGAGAGGUGGCGGUGACGGUCGAGGGCAAAGAACUUGUUUUGGUGCUGGAAAAGAACCAAAGGCUGCUGUCCCCAGAAUACACAGAGACGCAUUAUACAAAAGACGGGCAGAUAGUGACUGUAUCACCCAACCACACCGACCACUGUCUCUACCACGGCCGCGUCCGAGGGCACGAAGGCUCCUCAGUGGUGCUCAGUACAUGCUCUGGAAUCAGUGGGCUGAUUAUACUGGACCACAAUAACAGCUAUUACCUGAAACCUCCAGCAAGUCCAGGGCCUGGGCCUCAUGUCAUCUACCGGACGGAGCACUUGCCAGUCAAAGGUGGGACUUGCGGGCAUGGCGACCAGCUCCAAAGCAACGUAGCAGAUAUUGCCAGAUUCCUCAAACCAGUGGUGCAUCAGCGGAAAAGGAGGGACGUCUGGAGGACCCUAAAAUACAUGGAGCUCUUCAUUGUUGCAGACUACACCCUGUUUACAACUCAAAAGCAAAACUUGGGUCGCACAAAGCAACGGAUUCUGGAGAUUGCCAAUUAUGUGGACAAGUUUUACAGGUCCUUGGACAUCAAAGUUGCCCUGAUAGGUCUUGAGGUAUGGACCGAACGGGACCAGUGCACCGUGAGCAAUGAUGCCCAUGCCACCCUCGUGUCCUUCCUGCAGUGGAAAAAGUCUUUGAAAUCUCGGAAGAAGCAUGACAAUGCUCAGCUCUUGACUGGAGUUCCAUUCAAAGGGACAACAAUUGGAAUGGCUCCGCUAGAGGGCAUGUGCAGUGGGGAAAACUCUGGUGGUGUCAGCAUGGACCAUUCAGAGUUGCCCAUUGGAGCUGCCGCCACCAUGGCCCACGAAAUUGGCCACAACUUUGGCAUGAGCCACGAUGUUGAAGGUUGCUGUGUGGAGGCCACAGCGUCCCAAGGUGGCUGUGUGAUGGCUGCUGCAACUGGCUACCCUUUCCCAAAAGUGUUCAGCUCCUGCAGCCGGAGGCAACUGGAGAGUUAUUUCCAGAAGGGAGGCGGCAUGUGUCUCUUCAACAUGCCCGACACCAAGGACCUGGUGAUGGGCAAGAAGUGCGGCAAUGGAUUCCUGGAGGAUGGGGAGGAGUGUGACUGUGGGGAGAUAGAGGAGUGCACAAAUCCUUGCUGUAACCCACACAACUGCACCCUGAAAUUUGGAGCGGAGUGUGCCCAUGGGGACUGUUGCAAGAGCUGCAAGUUAAAGACGGCUGGGACCAUGUGCCGAGAACCAGCCGGAUCCUGCGACCUCCCAGAAUACUGCACCGGGGCUUCUCCGUAUUGCCCCACCAAUGUGUACUUGCUAGAUGGCUCAACCUGCUCCUAUGGGGAGGCAUAUUGCAACAAUGGCAUGUGCAUGACCCACCACCAACAGUGUGUCCAGCUGUGGGGCCCAGGUGCCUCCCCAGCUCCAGAUGCAUGUUUCCAGGACGUCAACAGGGCUGGAGAUAUGUACGGCAACUGUGGCAAGGACAAACACGGCCACUACGUCAAGUGUGCUUUGAAGGAUGCCAAGUGUGGGAAGAUCCAGUGCCAGAGCUCAGCUGCAAAACCCAAAGGGACCAACACCAUCUCCAUGGAUACCACCAUCCGGUUUAAUGGGCGGGAGAUAAAGUGCCGAGGGACCUUGGUUUAUGCCACCAAUGAUGAUGAAGGGGACAUGGCUGACCCGGGACUUGUGACGACGGGGACCAAGUGUGGAGAUGGAAUGGUAUGCAAAGACCAGCAGUGUUUGAAUGCCUCAUUUUUUGAACUGGACAAAUGCAUCUCCAAAUGCCACGGACAUGGGGUUUGCAACAGCAACCGGAAUUGCCACUGUAAUGCUGGUUGGGCUCCUCCGUUCUGUGAAAAGCCGGGGCUGGGAGGCAGCGUGGACAGUGGCCCUGUGCAAUAUGACAAUCAUGAAACCAUCCUGAUCACACUGGUGUUGGUUUUCUUGGUGACCCUGGCUGUUAUAGCUGCUGGACUCUAUGUUUACUACAGACGGGAGAGCUCCUUCCUCAACAAGUGGGUCAAAGACUUAAGGAAGAGCCAGGAGACGUACCGGCGGAACGGAGUGAUGCCUCAGAAGGCAAACCAGGGACACUCUAACUCAGCCUUUACGCUGCAGGAUAUUUCCUCUCCCUCCAUCAACGCUGUCAGCAGAAGCACCAGCCAGGUGAGCAGGAGUUUUUCCCCAUUGAGGCCAAACCCACAUCAAAGUGCCUCCCAUCCGGUCAAUGUUGUCCGUCCGCUCCGUCCAACACCGAGCCCAGCUGCUGUUCCUCGGAAAGACCUCAAGCCUUGCAGGCCACCGCCGCUGCCUCUCAACAAGUCCCCCGCCUUCCCUGCCAGAACCACAUUCGGAGCACAAACCAAACAGCCUCCGCCAAAGAAGCCUCUUCCCAGCAGCCCGAUCCGGACCGCUUUGGUUGAUCCAAAGCUCAGGCCGCCUCGCAGGCCCCUACCAGGGAACCCUCUUUUGGCAAAAGAACUGCCAUCUUCUCAGGGUCAGCCCUUGCUGGUCAUGGUGCCUCCCACCAAUUCCAAAUCAUCGGUUGUUGUCAGUUCCUCAACCCACCUCUCAAAACCACUCAAGCCGAUGCCACCUCAGAGACCAGUUCCAGGCUUGAAAGUCCAGACAACUUCCUUCCCCUUUAAGAAAUGACAAUGGUGGAAACAAGGAUCCCAGCUGACGUCUGUCCGGCUCCUUCCUCCUCAUUUGCACUACUGCGGUCAACGCAGGGAAAUUUUGCUACCAAAGACGAUGAUGAUAAUAAUAAUUAUUUUUUUAAAGGAAUUGUUUCUGCAAAUAACGAAGAAGGGGGGUGUAGGUGUCGUGACUAGGGAGGUUGGUAUUUCUCUGCAGGAGUUAAGGGCUGUGGAAGUGAGAGACACAGAAAUGGGCCUUUCCGAAGCCAUUUUAGGGGAGAGCGCCUCUCUCGUGGAUUACUACCCAUGGUUUUGAGCACCAAGGUCUGCUUCUUUUCUCUCCCUACCUAUGGCAGAAGGAUAGCAAGAAGGCAGAGGUCUCAAGCCCCAGAAGCCUCCUGAAAUUGGACGAUCUCUAUUAGCUACCUCCGUGUUUUUGCACAAGCUCCGAUGAUGACCUCUCCUUGUCUUGUGGAGUCAUAUUGAGUUGGACAGGUUUCUGAAGUCUACAGUGGUGCUGGGGAGAGCGGCCUUCCCUGACCAGGCACCUUUCAGGUGUGUUGGGACUACAACUCUAAUCACCCGCUCUGCUAGCAUGGUUAGGGGAGGAUAGGAGUUGUAGUCCAGGACAUCUAAGAGUGGGAGCUUCUGGUCUACUGUAUGCAAAUGCUAAGGUUCAAAAUGGAUGAUAGAUAUUAUGUGGAAUCUCUGGUCCCAGGAUUUGGAAAAAAAGAAAGGAAGGAAUAGCCAUGGAGGAAAAUAUUGGCCCAUUGGGAAGCAGAGGGACUGACUCUGCUCUUAAAAUUCCCCUCACUGCAAAAAAUUGAGGCAGAGCUUGGAAAGCAUUAAAACUAAUGCUCUUAUCUGAGACUAGUUACUUUUGAGUUAAUGAAGAGAUGAUACAGUUACAUUCCAAAAGUAACCUAAUAAGAGUAAGGUUACCUUGUGGUUGUAAUGAGUGGAGGCUCCCAGUUACUUUUAUAAGUUACUUUUUAAGGGCAUUCGGAUAAGAAUUUUUUUUUAUCAGGUGCCAGUGGUUGUAAUCCUGCAGCCUUCCAGAUGUCAUCCCAAAAAAGGGAACCUUUUCAAACUCUCCCAAUGACCCUACAACCCUCCUGACGGUCCACCCCAAAAUUUAGCACUGACCAAAGUGCCUCCAAGUGUACUGAUGCCCCUCUGCCUUCCAUUCCAGCUCCAUCACACUCAGAGCAAGCAUUGGAACUGUAGUUGUAAAUGGGUUGUACCAUUGCAAUCCUGCUGCCUGCCUACCUGCCCACCAACGCUCAGUAUUCAAGAGGGCAGAAAUUCAAGGGGCCAUCUCUUGUCAAGCUUCCACUUGGGGGAAAAUGCAGUUGCAAAUCGGGCUCAGAGAAGUGACCUUCUGUCCUUCCUUUGCCUCCAUCUCAGGAAGAAUUUGGGAGCUCAGUGAAGAGAUCAGAUGGAUGUGGGCUGUGGGGAAUGAAUGAACAUCUGCUUGGUUGCAGAUGCACCUUUCUGUUAAUAAGAGAAAUAGCACCAAUUGAGGCAGGUGCUGAUUUUUGGGUGCUGCUAUGGAUUUACCAUCAGAUCCAACCAUCUUCCCCACUGUAGUAUGAGAAUUGCCUUCCUUUCCUUGUUGCUUCUGUUGUCUCUGAAAAAAAUGAGCCAAUUGCUGAGUUUCAGUCUAUCAAUCAGUCAAUCACUUUCAUUUGAGAUUCAGGUUUCAUGCUCUCCUGAGUUUCACAGCUCCCCUGGGCCUAGUUUAAACUCCAAAACUCCCUUUUGAUGCCCAAUAACUCAAGAAGGCAAGAGUCCCGUUGAACACGAACUAAGUGCUCUCCUUCUCCUGCCAGUUACUGCAGUGUAUAUGUUGUUUCCUAGACCCAUGGGGGUUUCUGAGCCUGAGCAAGUGCCCUUUGGACAGAUCUGAGCCCCAUCUCCUUUUGAGAAGCACUGAUGCACUAUGGGCCAGAGCUGCUACUCCAGAGACAAACACUCCAUGAAACAGUUUUUUUUUUUGUUUGCUUGUUGGCUGCUUUGCUGAAAAAUUGUUCCCUAUCUCCUGCCUCGUUCUUGGGCUGCUAGUUCAGCUGUGCCACCUUGUGACUCCUGCAAAAUCCAUGUUUUACCCUUGUUUGCUAAACUGAGCUUACAUAGUAUCACCUGUUUUUUCAGUGCUCAGGGCUGUUAUUCCCCUGAGUGCUUGAAAUUGCAAACUCUAGUCCUCACGGUACUGUACAAAACCCCUGGGCCAUUUGUUCAGGUCUGGAUUGCUUUCUUGAAAUAGCAAGAUUUGGGGGAAGGGGCAUUGGGGUUGAAAAAUACUCCCCAGUUCACUAUCCAGGACUUACACCUUUCCAUGGCAUCUGUGGGCAGAUUGUGAACCAGGCAGGGGUGUCACUAGGGGUGUGCGGGAGGUGCAGAGUGCACCGGGUGACACCUUAUGGGGGGAUCACCUGGUGGAAAGGGGCUUUCUUCUGGGUCUGCAGCUCUCCUGGGUGGGUAGUAAAGAGAGGCACCUUCCUUUGCACUCACCCAGAAGCUCUGGAAGUCCUGGAAAGGUUGUGUUGUGGUAGGAGCAGCCCACUCCCACUAGUAGCCACUGGUGGGACUGGGCUGCCUUCCACUUAUGGCAGCUCCGAUGAUUGAGUGGGAAAGUGAGUCACCUCCCAUGUCUGCCUGGCCAGCAACUCUACCAGACCUAGAAAAAGCUCAGAGAGAGGUAUUAAAAAUGAUCCGCACUGGGUAUCAAAUGUAUUAGGAAUGCCAUUGGAACCAGGCUUGAUUUGGAGAAGAAUCGAGAUGGCUGGAUGGAAUGAUGGAGGGUUUUGCUCAGUCAAGGAAAGUGGGACUUCCCAUAGCUCAUUCUACCUCCACAAUGGGUGCUCUUUUUUCUAGCUGCAACCUUCCUUUCUCCCAUCAUGUGGCCCUUUGGAUGCGGUUGGACUGCAACUCCCAGCAACCAUAGCCAGCAUCGCCAGUGGCAAAAUAUGCUGGGGGUUUCAGUCCAACAUCACCUGGAGGUGAUAAAUCCCACCCUGCUUUAGACUGUGCUGGGAAAUACCAGGUUGCUUUUCUUUUAAAUCCAUCUAUUUUGGAUUUGUUUUGGUUAAGAAAAUGAACGAAGGCUGUGCAGAGAUGUUUAACUGGGCAUAAAACACUGUCUCCAAAAUGGGGGUUUUCUUUGCUGACCCUUGCUGAAGAGGUUACUUGCCACAGACCUCUAGGAAACUGUGAGCCCUUCAGAGCCAUUUCUUAGCCUUUCCGUUGGAAGCUUGGGAGUCCUACUUUAUUCAGAGAAGCAAGCCAGCUCUUGCCUUGGAUCGGUGCCUCCACGAUGGUGACAGAUCUAAGUGCUCCUCAUGUGUUGAGCUCAUGCAGGCUAGAAGCCACGGUGUUCCUGCUAUGCACUUUUUCUGCCCAAUGUCUGUGCCUUCGAAGUGAAGAUUUUAGAAAACCCUCCACACCUCUUCUGAAGGAUAAUGAAG